AUGCAAACUGGACUGAUUGACACCCAGACCAUCCAAUUGGAGCAGAGGCUGCGGUAUCACCUGGAGGCCAAAAUGUCUCCUGACGGACGUCCAAUGAUUCUCUCAGCUAACGUCACUCGCGGCCUUGGCAGAAAGACCAGCUUAUCCGCUGCUCUGAAGAAUGUGUUCAAAGAAACUGCUUCUUUCUCUGUGGUGUUGGAGCGAAGGCUGGAUCAGGAACGCAGGCAGUAUUCCGUGGAGGCAGAGCUUUUGCUGCCUGGCGUGGUCGGCAGUAGGAUCCUGGGACUGAUGGAACAGAAGGGCCCACGGUGGAGCUCCGCAUUGAGGCUCAAAUACGGCCUGCGCGAAGAGUCUCGUCACCUGCGUCAGGAGUGCUACACCUCCCAAAGCCUGAGGACCGACAGAGACGCCAACCAGACCUACAGCGUCCGGGCCGAACACGAGUUCUACUGCUCCAACACGGCCCCUUUCAACCACAAGGUCCUGCUGAGGCAUGAGGAAGGUCCCAGCCACACCAGGUCCAGUCUGGAUAUUAGCUACGGGAAACACUGGGACGAGAUCAACAACAAACGUAGACUUCUCUUCAGCCAGUCCUUCAGGAACCAGUCGAGACAUACUCUCACCAGCUACGCCCUAGAGUUCAGCUUCCAGGUCCCAGAGAAGCAUCUGAACUACAAGACCCAGCUGCUCCACUCUCACCUGAGGCAGAGGGGGGCAGAGAGCAGCACACACCUCAAAGUGAACUACAAUGACCAGAUGCCCCUAGUGGCUGGACUACACUGGAAGGAUGCCUCUAAAACCACGCUGAGGAAAUGGGAAGGUACGUUUAACAUGGACACACCCUGGCUGUACAUCUACACCACCCACAAGCUGAGCCAGCCCCAGCGACACACCCUGCAGCUCACCUCAGAGCUCACGGCCCGCAAGUGGCUGACCAUCCGCAGUCUGGCCCUGGAAGGGCUCUACACGGCCAGGAGCAGGGAGAGGGAGGCCCGUCUGCACCUCUACACACCCACCGUCACAUACCUCAAAGCAGGGGGCUGGGGCAUGAUGGGGAAGCAGGGUCUUAAGGCCUCCUGCUCCCUGAGCUCGCUGUGGAGCCCAGGCCUGAGGGGAGACCUCUCUCUGGAGACCACUAAGCACAGCCAUACCCUGCAGAUGGCCUCCACCUACGGCAAGCACAACCUGACCCUCACUGCAGCCCUCAACACUCUGGACAAGGUAGAAUCUGAGGAAGAGGCUGGUGAUGAUGAAGGUAGUCUUCUCGGAGCCUAA